AGCAAUCCGUUGCCCUAGCAACUUGCUCCUGGUUCUUCAACUGCCUCAACCGGCUGGCCGUCCUCCUAGAGAUCUGCUGGAUCCAGACGCUGGGGUAUGGCUGUGUCCUUCCGCGGCCAGUCCAUAACGGCCAGGCCCUCCGAGGGCUUGUGCGAGGUCGACAAGAAUUCAGGAGAACCUGAGAACACCUAUAUUCUGAGGCCUAUUUUCCAGCAAAGGUUUAGACCCUCUGUGGUUAAAGACUGCAUCCAUGCUGUGCUCAAGGAAGAAUUGGCAGGCGCUGAAUAUUCUCCAGAUGAAAUGCCUCACCUCACAAAACAUCUAUCAGAAGUGAUUAAAGAUAAGCUAAAAGAAUUGGGAUAUGACCGGUAUAAAAUGGUGGUACAAGUGGUGAUUGGAGAACAGAGAGGUGAAGGAGUAUUCAUGGCUGCUCGAUGUUUCUGGGAUGCAGACACGGACAACUAUACUCACGAUGUUUUCAUGAAUGUGCCAGUGAACAGAGACAGGAAUUGAAUCUGUGUGUUUUAUUCAGUCAGCUGGAGAUCUUUCUUCAAAAGGACAGCUUAUUCUGUGUUGUGGCAGCGUUUGGUUGUUUUUACUACUGAAUCUUUGGAAAGUGGCUGUGACUUCGAGGAAACCUUAACUUUUUUAUAUUGUUAAAUUUCCUGAGCAAAUAAAAAUAAGUUGGCACUUUGGUACCUAAAAUCUGUUAAGUUGUAUAUGUUUAAAUGGUUUGAUUUUAUUGUUAUCUGUGCCCUUUCUACAUUUGAAAAAUAUAGAGAAAAAGGAGGGGAAAAUUCAUUUUAAUAUUUCAGAUGACUAGAUACUUGGGUGUAUUUUCUAUUCAUUGUUCCUAAUAAGAUGUAAAAAAAAAAAUCAUUUAUAAAAUAAAUUGUGUAUUUUCACCCCUUAUGUCAUCAA